AUGUCGAAGGGGCCGGAGGAGGUGAACCGGCUCACCGAGAGCACCUACCGGAAUGUUAUGGAACAGUUCAAUCCGCGGCUACGAAAUUUAAUAAACCUAGGAAAAAAUUAUGAAAAAGCUGUUAAUGCUAUGAUCCUGGCGGGGAAAGCCUACUUCGAUGGAGUGGCCAAGAUUGGUGAGAUUGCCACGGGGUCCCCUGUGUCGACAGAGCUGGGCCACGUUCUCAUAGAGAUUUCAAGUACCCACCAGAAACUUGACGAGAGUUUUAGAGAAAAUUUCAAAACAUUCCACAAAGAGAUUAUACAUGAGCUGGAGAAGAAGACAGAACUUGACAUAAAAUACAUGACCGCCACUCUCAAAAGAUACCAAACAGAGCACAGGAAUAAAUUAGAUUCUUUGGAGAAAUCUCAAGCUGAAUUGAAGAAGAUCAGAAGGAAAAGUCAAGGAGGACGAAAUGCACUCAAAUAUGAACACAAAGAAAUUGAGUACAUAGAAACGGUCACCUCUCGCCAGAGCGAGAUCCAGAGGUUCAUCGCGGAGGGCUGCAGAGAGGCGCUCCUGGAGGAGAAGAGGCGCUUCUGCUUCCUGGUGGACAAGCACUGCAGCUUCGCCAGCCUCACGCAGCACUACCACCAGCAGUCGGCAGAAUUACUGAAUUCCAAACUGCUGAGGUGGCAGAAAACCUGUGGUGAUGCCACCAAAGUGCCAGACGAGAUCAUCAACAUGAUAGAAGAAAUAAAGACCCCUGCCUCCACCCCCACGUCCUGGACGCCGCAGCCUUCGCCAAUGGUCGAGAGAAGCAGCAUGGCUGGGAAAGAGUAUGACACCCUUUCUCAGUACCCAUCCAAGGUGCCCCCGGCUCCUUCCGGCAGAGUGACCGCCAGCCCUUUGAUUGAUAUGUUCAAUAACCCAGCGACAGCUGCACAGAAUUCAGCGUCUUCGGAGGAUCCCAGUUUACAGCGAUCGGUGUCUGUUGCAACGGGACUGAACAUGAUGAAAAGGCAGAAAGUGAAAACCAUCUUCCCGCACACCGCCGGCACCAACCAGCUCGGCUUCGCGCAGGGAGACGUCAUCACGCUGCUUGUCGCCGAGGAGAAGGACGGCUGGCUUUACGGGGAGCACGACACCUCCAAAGCGAGGGGCUGGUUCCCGUCGUCGUACACGAGGCUGCUGGAAGAGAACGCGCAGGAGGCAGUGAGUGUGCCCUCGCCGAGCCCUGCGCCCGUGAGGAGCAUGAGCACCAUGGACUUGUCAGAGAAGAGCUGUGCUGCCGUCCCCAUCCCCCCUCCGGAUUACCUGGAGUGCCUGUCCAUGCGAGCGGCCGCAGACAAGGGAGCCGAUGUUCCCAAGCCCGCCUCUGCCUUUAAAGCCCCGGCGUCCGGACCAGAAACCACGUCUCUUAGUAAUACAAACGGGACUGCAAAGCAUCCUUUCCUCAGUGGAGAAAACCCUUUUGCUACUGUGAAACUCCGACCAACAGUGACAAACGAUCGGUCAGCACCAAUCAUUCGAUGA